AUGUCGGGACUGACUGGUGACGGAACCUUCCGAAAUCCUAAGGACUUUAAGCCAACCUCAGCCUCCUUUAUCACACCUAAGACCCAGAAGCACUUUACGGACAAGGAUCAGGAAAGAAAUAUUUUAAGCCUGCCUGUGCGAUUCCGUGACCAGCAGAACAAUGAAGAUUCUCGUCAUAGUUCAGCGCCUACAGCGUGGUGCGCUAUCUUGGACGAUCAAGUGGGCGGCCACCAGCAGCACCAGCAUAAUUCCUUGCCGCCCUUUGUUGACAUCCUUCCCCCGGGCCCGUUUUUUGACAUCGAAAGAUCGGGAAACGUGACAGCGCUCGUGGGACGUCCGGCGAAGCUCAACUGUCGAGUCAACAAGAUCGGGAACAGGACGGUCUCUUGGCUCCGUCACCGUGACACUCACCUGCUGACGGUGGGUCGCUACACCUACACCUCAGACCAGCGGUUCCGGGCAGUGCACACCCCGGGGUCAGAGGACUGGGCACUCACCGUCGAUUUUGCCCAGAGCCGCGACUCGGGCAUGUACGAGUGCCAAGUGUCAACCACGCCCCCGAUGAGGCACUACAUUUGGCUCAAAGUUGUGGAACCAGAGACGCACAUCUUUGGCGGUCCAGACAUCUUUAUAAAUAACGGGAGUAACAUCAACCUAACAUGUGUGGUUGAGUACACACCCGAACCACCUACGUUUAUCAUAUGGAAACACAACGACAAGGUCAUAACAUACGACAGCGACAGAGGCGGGGUAAGCGUGGUGACCGAGAAGGGCCCACGAACCACAACCAACCUCCUGGUCCGCGGCGCCUCGGCAAAGGACUCGGGAACCUAUACGUGUAAUCCCAGCAGCGCUCCCUUAGCCAAAGUUAUCGUCCAUAUCUUAAAUGGAGAGCACCCAGCGGCAAUGCAGCACGGUGGCCAUUCCCCGUAUGAAGUGUCGGCUUUUCUCUUGUCCUUCGCAUUUGCUUUCGUUGUGGCAUUCAAGUAGGACGUAGAAGGCAGAACAGCCGCCCUCUUGGAGUCGAGGAACAUGAAGGCUGGGUUUACGGUAAGCCUGGUCUACGUGAAGGCUGGAUCUGCGUAUAUGCUGUGUCUACGUGAAGCUGGAUCUACACGAAUGCUGGGGUCUACAUAAAUGUUGGGUCUACGUGUAGCUGGAUCUACAUAAAUGUUGGGUCUACAUGAAGGCUGGAUCGACAUACAUGCUGGGUCUACGUGAAGCUGAAUCUACAUAAAUGCUGGAUCUACAUGAAGGCUGGCCCUGUGUGACUUUUUUCUUGUACAGGUCGUAUUUAGUGUGAAAAUUCAAGAAUGAAUAGAUGAACUCGUGGUUUUAUUAAAUGUUUGGUGGUGGCGUUCAAGUGCUGUGGGAAAUUCAAGAAGGAAAUUCAAGAAUGGAUAGAUGAACUUAUGUUUUUCAAAUAAUAACAGUGUUAUUAUUAUUUAUUCGUAACUGAGAAAUGCUGUGCCGCCACCGU